AUGGGGAUCUUCUUGAAUGAAUCUGACAUACCGUCCGCUGAAUUGCUACACUUCUACGUGGUGUUUGAGAACACUGCUCUCGGGAUUACCGUAAUCAUGGUUCCCUUCACAAUUCUCGUCAUGGUUUUCAGUACGUCUUAAAUUACCAUUUAUAAAACUAUGGUUUUAGCUAGUAACAGUGUUAUCAACGCCUAUCGACUACUCUUGAUCAACGAAUUGUCGUGGUAAGGGAUUACAAUUCACAACCGCAGUUAUGAUAUUGUUCAAGGUCGUUGGUACUUGACAUUACAGCUGCGUUAAUCGGCGCUGUAUCUUUAUUCCCUCUGCCCUGUUACUACGGUGUGAGCGUCACCAGCGCCCUCUCCCACACGCAGCAACUAAUUAACUUCGUCGUCGGGAUCGGCGUUUUGAUAAUGAAAGACUUCUCCAUCUUCUACCAAUUGGAAUACAUUCUUGUGAAGUCGCUUGCGAUGGAUUCGAAGAUUAGAACGUUAUUUCAGAUAGUACCAAAGAGCGGCGUGGUGCUCAUACAUCUCGGGAUUAUUGUCAGUGUUCUCGGGGCAGUACUAGUAAGUCAGGCCGAUCAAUAAAUUCUCGAGGGCGACACAAUUGUAUGUACAUACGAAGCUGCCAAUGAUUUCCAACUUUCUCCCUAUCUUUAGGGUCCAAUAAUUUACUAUUUGCCCAAUCAAGGAGAACAGAAACGACUUUUCAUAUCCCUUGAUCCAUUCGUCGGCAAACUCUACGAGGACCAUCCCGAUAUCAUCUGCUUUAUAGAUGGAGAAAACACCGCAAAAGCACUUAUAGUCGGAUUUAUCGCUCUCUCCGCAACUCCGUUUAUUGGGCUCGUCUUUUUGAUCAUAAUGUACAAUUCCAUGCAUCAAAGCAAUGGGUCAACCCACACUUACCGUCUUCAAAAGAUGCUCUUCCGUUCGCUUGUCUUUCAGUUAAUCGCGUUCACCUUUCUCCUGUGUCUUCCAGUCAUGAUGCUGAUGAGUGCGCUCCUCUUUCAACUUCGGGACGGUCCAACUAUCACUGUGAUUUGCUUCUGUUUCGUCUUGAUGCACACUCCGAUCGAUUGUUUUAUGAUUCUGUAUUUCAUCAAGCCCUAUCGAAUCGUCGUUGCGCAUUUACUCAAAGUCCUGCAGACGUAUGGCGAUACGACAAUACAAUAUACAACUCAUCGGCUAUCCCCGUUGAGUCAGUACUUUUUUCAACGCAAGUCAAAUGUGGAUCUCUCCAGGGCAUCAACAACUCAAGUUCAGCAUUUCUAAAUAUCCUGUAUUUCUUGUAAAAAUUCUGUCAAAAACAUAAAAUGGAACGUUAGGUUGUAUUACUAGUCGCGCCAUAAAGUACUGACACAUUUUGUCGCGGGUGUCGCGCGGGAAAAUUGGAGUGGCUCGCGCGAAAGUGCAUGUCGCUAGUGCAAAAAAGGGGGAUUGCUGCGACGGGUCCGAAAGGAAAACAAAAAUACACUGUGCAAAUUUCUCAGGACUUUAUGUCGCGCCUAGUAUACUCCGCGCAUUUAAUUUGGACCAAUCUGGAUCUCAAAAACUAAGCAAGGGCCCAACUCGAUUCUUCUUGCAUAAUAACCUAUUGUCAUAAAGAACAACCUUGAACAAAAAACAAUCACAUUUCAGAUAAGUAUAAAUUCUUAAAUUGCAAUUUAAGGUUUCUGGUGCGCAGGAAAUUUUGAUCAACCUUGUAUCGGUCUGUCGGGAAAAAAACGGCGGAUCGUCGCGCCUCCGAAUCGCCCAUCAUCGCUUUGCGACUGCAAGCCGCGGCUUGGGAUUUGGUGCGCGACAGCGGCGAGGCGAGACAUUUUGAUGCGACAAUCCGCCGUUAUUUUUCCGACAGACUGAUAAAAACUUAUUUUGCUUGCUGAGUUGGUCGAUUUUAUUGUUGUAGAUAAUGAAUACGGAUCGGAAAAACAAUAUUCUGAGGAUAUGCAAACGAUAUCGGGUCGAAACCGUGUGUAUCGUAGGUUCUUAGGACUUCUUUGUGGGUUAAACACCAGGACUCUUAUCUCCUUCAGCGGCUAAUCCAAUUUAUUUGGUUCACCUAUUUUCUCGAUAAAAUUCAAUAUCCGAUAAUUUCAAUUAUGACUUUUUAUUGACAGUAGUUUCAAAUUAACACGCACAAGACCAAAUACAAUAAGACGGAAUAAAUAUGUUAUCGGAGACAAAGACUAAAUAAAGAGAGACAAAUUAGACUAACUAAAGGGACAAAGUAAACUAACUAAAAAGGACAAAAUGAACUAACUACGUUUAUAUAAACAAAAUAAUACUCUAAUUAUUAUCUAACCUAAACUACUAUUUACUAAAUAACUAAAGGGGUAAAUAAAAACAACAGUUUCUCACCAAUUCAAUCUCCACACUGAAGCCAAAAAUCCGUUGUGUUGUUGACGUGGCUUUUGGUCCCUCUUGUUUUCGUGUUGAGACCUCUUGACUUAGAUGGUGUAACCACCUACACACCCCCUCUCGGAUAAUGUCGUCCUCGCCCUCCGCGUCGUCCACGAUGGUAAGGUGAUUGGUUGUUGAUGGUGUUGGCGAGGAGAUUCGCGAGCAGAGCAGUCAAUUGAUUGUUGUCUUGUGGUGGUGUGCAGUGCUGCUGGUGAUGCGGUCUGGCUGAAGACGGGUGUUCAUGUGUUGAAGGGGCCGUUGGGUGAUGAGACGGAGAUGGAUAUAGGAUGGGUGGAGUGGGGGACGGUGGCAGAUGUUGCGGAUGACGGAAGAAGGUGCAUGUGA